GUCCAACUUAUGAGCUGUGAAGGCAGCUAGCUAGAGGUAACUAGACUCUGCACUGCACUACCACCACGAGAUCCCAGAGUCUGUAGAGAGGAAAAGAGAGUGUGGUCAGAGAGGACAGUGCCUAGAUUGGCCGACGGUCCCAGAACAUGCCCUCAGACAGAGAGCCAUGCGUCACUGCUAAACUACUCCAUCUUAUCUUCCUCUCAACCUUUUGGGGCAUGCAGAUAUGGGUCACCUUCAUCUCUGGGUUUGUGAUGGACAGCCAUCUGAACAGACACGCCUACGGCUUUAUUCAGAGCCGCCUGUUCCCUUUCUACCUGCACAUCGGUUCAGCGUGUGCCUUCUUUAACCUCGCCAUUUUUGCCAUCUACCAUCCCAGAGACCUGCUGGAUGAGAAAGAAGCCGCUCAGAUCUUUAUCUUCUUCGUGUGCGUGACCGUGGCGGCAGUGAACGCCCAGUGGUUUGGCCAGCUGACCUCUGAGAUCAUGGCGGACAUGCAUGUGAUGGAGCAGUCCUGCGGCCUGGGUCAGGACAUCGGCCUGUCGUCCAACCGCGAGGCUUACUCCAAACUGUGUCUCGCCAACCCCAAGUACAAGCGGUUAAGCAGCCGGCUGUGGCUCUACCACCUGCUGUCGUCCCUGUGCAACCUGUGCUGCAUUGUUUGUAAUGGCUACAGUCUUUACUACCUAGCAGAGAACCUCACUACGCUGUGAACAGCUAGACAGCCGACCCUGUGCCAGGGCGACAUACCGGCGAUGCAGAGAGAGGCAGUCUGUGUCUUGGACCUGGGCCAACAAGUCAGUCUGGGCAUGCCCAGCUAGUGCCACCCUGGUUGGUCUCGUUUCUUACUGUUUUUCUCUUCCUUUGUCCUCAGUCUCGUAGUAUCUAAUGUAAAAUACUUAUGUAGAUCAGAUGCACUAUCUUUGAAAGAUGGGGGGUUUUUUUUUUUAGAAGAAGAAGAAGAACAGUUGUUACAGAAUAUCAAAUUUUUUUUUUUGUUUUUUUUUUAUAUGUUGAUUUCUUUUUCCUCUACUCACAUGCAUGAGAAAACUCUAGAUUAUUCUGUUAAAGAAUCUCCCAUAGAUUCUUCAGCCAAUACUUCUGGAGUCCUUAUGAUCAUUUUGUACACCGUGUUCGUGAUCACAGCUGCUGGGUUUAUGUGCUCUUAGUAAACAGGCCAAGGGUUGUCCUGCGGUCAGGUUGUAUGGGGGGCAAUCAAGGUGACCACUCCCUGGCCUCGGAGCUGGUAUCCCAGGGUUGGGGAAAGUACCAAUUUGCUGAUUGUGUGCCACCACAUUCUGUUGACAUCCAUCCAAGCUGCAACACCCACUCACAACCUUUCCUCCUGUAUGGCAAGCUCGCACAGAGCAUGCUUCCUUUGUGGUAAGACUUCUUUCCUAAUUAGCUUCAGUACUCAAAACGGCAUGUUUUAGCUGUGGCGAAUAUCUAUAGCUGGUCUGGAGCCCUCUUUGCAUUUCCCAGCCUUUUGUCUCUGUUCCUCCUCAAUGUGGUUCUGCAGGUUAUGCAGGCUCUACUGUCUAACCAUCAGGUACUGUAGACACACCCACACCAGCAAUGCGACACAAAGUAGCAGCGCAAUGUAACUGAACAUAGCUGCAGUGCAGGUUGUACGUUUGGGGGUCCAGAUAAGCAACUGUCUCAGUUUACAGACUUCAUCAGUAGCAUUUGCUCUUUAAAAUGUAACAAGUAGCAUGCAAACUCCAUGCGUUUGGUGAAUGAGUCUACACAACUUGGCUAGCUAAAGAAAGCUACCUUGUGAGCAGAAGCCUUAACCGAACGUACAGCGUGGCGCGUUCUUCUAAGGGUGGAUGCUUAACAGUGCUGGCAAACUGCUCCUGUUGUACGUCUGUUAGCACCACCAAGGUCAUCUUUACCACCCAGCUUCAAUUCCCAGAAACACGUAGCAUCUUGCUGACAAGCCAAAUGCUGUAAAUAUAAACUGAAAUGUUGAUAGUAAUGUUUGUAUAAGUGGAUCAGUAUACUAUAGUGAUUCUCUUUUAAUCCUAUAGAUUAAAAAUAAGGUAUCCCAGUGACACCAAGACUACAUCUUUGAUACUUUUAGAAUAAACUUGUGAAUCUAAAAGUAGGCAUUUGAUCAGGGAGCUGUCACUGCUAGGCUAAGUUGUUCUGCAGUGAAGUCUGUGCAGUUUUUCACUUUCCCGAGAGUUAGUCAUUUGCGUCUAAGCCUACAGUAUUGGUUUCAUCAUGAUAGAAAACAUAAUCCACCAUUCUGACAGCACUCCUAAAUGGUAUCUUCAUCAGUAGGGUUGUACAUGUGCAGUUGUAUGGCUCCCUUCACGUGCUGUGACAUUCUGCUCUUUAGGAGUCCACGGCAAACUGUGAAUGUGUGAUAGUGGAUUGUCAAUCAAGUAUGCUUAUUGGACAAUAAGGACCACACCCCGACAACUCUCAGAUCGGGCCAAUGAGUUAAUUUGGUUGGCUUUUCUGUAGUGUUUCAUCUCUUUGGUCAUUUUUAAAUGCAAAAUUUGCAGGAUGCUGCAUAACACUCCAAUGUAAUGCAAGGCAUAUUUUAAUACCGUAUAAUAUAUUCCCUGGGUCUUUAAAAUGUAUCUGCAUUACAGGAGUGACAUGAUUCAUCAUGUGCCCAUACUUGAUGUUACACAGUCGCAUUGUGUGCCUCACUGUGUAUUGUUAUGAAAGAAUGUUAGGCUGGAAAAUCCUGUCCAUCCCAGUUUUAUCUCUCGUUCAUGUCUAGUGUUGUCAUAGGACCCUAAAUAGGAAAAUGCGAAUAAUGUUUUAGACUAGACUAUAUAAUAUAGAAAAGAAAGCUGCUGGUAAGGCUUUUAGUAUCUUGCUCUGCAAUUUAGGGUGCUCGCUAUUCAGUCAAUGCAAAUGAGACAGCAGUUCAUUAAAAAUGAAUAUUUCCAUGUUAAUUGCUGCAGUGGUGGUUUCAUGGAGUACCUGAUGUGAAUGGACUCACAUGGUGUUUAAGCCUAUUCUUUAACACCUUUGGAUCUGUUUUUAUCUAGGUGGAGUUCUGUUCACCAUGAUGAGACCCAGUACAGGACUGUAUUCCCGGUGGUAUUUAUGUGUUUUAUGGUGUUGGAUAAUAUCCAUGUAUCGGAUGAAGUUACCAUUACAGUUUCUGAUAAUAUUUUGUUACUUUUGCACCUUUCAUGUCUGUUAAUGCACCUCUGUUAUUAUGGAUUCUUACCACUUAAAGGUGGUCAGUGUACUGGACAGCUAUUUAUUCAGAUGGUGUGUGUGUGUGUGUGUGUGUGUGUGUGUGUGUG